AUGUCCGAUUUUUUUAGCCGUCAAUUAGGCCUAAGCUUUGAUCAUUGUUUUGUCAGUAAAGCACGAAAUGAUCCUUAUAUAUCACCGCAACAUUUUCUGGAUUUUCAGGAGCAAAAGAAAUUCCUGAGAACACUCAAAUCAAUGGCAUCAUUUUCUCCAUAUGAUUCAAGUUUUUCCUAUGUGAGUGCAGCCACCAGUCCUGAUGCACUGAGAAUGAGCAAUGUCUCACUGUUCUACAGCGCAUCGGCUAGUCCCUGCAGAGAGAAUGCAUAUCCUCCAUAUAAUCUUGAUGCCGGAAAAUUAGACCCGAUAGGGUCAUGUGAGCAGACAAGCUCUGAUUCUGAUCUGGACUUCGAGUUCAAUGCGAGUUGGGGGCAUGUUUUCGAUGCGGGCGAGUUUAUCGCGAGCCAGGACCUCGAGUCCCCACUCCAUAAGAAAGCAAGGCCAAUGGGGGGUGACUCACUCCCUUCAAUGGCUUUUGCUGAUGAGCUCUUCUGUGAUGGGAAAUUGAUGCCUUUGAAGCCUCCACCUUGUUCCUAUUAUGGGGGCAAGAGCGGAAAUCAGAGUCCUAUUGGGUCACCUUCGUCGAGGUCCCCGAGAUCAGGCUUUAAGGUCCCCUUCCAGUUCAAGAGCCUGUGGAAUGAUGAUUUCGACCCGUUCAUGGUGGCAUUGGAGAAUGUCAAGGAAGACAGCAGCGCAAGAAGGACGAGGCAGGCUAACGAUCAUGGGCAGACUCAGUCGCUCUCACCAUUCAGGGGCUUCAAAGCUGAGAGUCCGCGGAGGUCCACUGACUUGAAGGGGAGGAAAAAUCAGCAAAAUGAGCAAGAAACAUCUCGAGCACCUGUAAAACCGCCGGUCGAGCCACUGGACUCCGCCAAUCCGCCCUUUUCCAAAUGGGUGCCUAACCAAAGAAAACAAGCCAGUCUUCAACAACAUGAGCAAUUUAUCAUGCAGAGCCCAAAACAACGAGAACCACAUGGCAAAUUUGAGGAGGGCAAGAGACAAAAUGGAGAGUGCAUUGUGAGGGAGAGUAAGAGGCAAAGGAUCAGGAAGUUUCUGCUGAGGAGUAUGUCAUCAUCGGCCACCGGAAGAAAAGAAGGUGAUGAAAAGGUAAAAGCUAUCUGGAGGCCCACUGUCAAUAUCCUGAGAAGAUUGAGCUUUAAGUCAACUGGAAGUGGUGGAGCAACUACUCAGAAUGAUGAGCAGAGAAGAGGGUCAACAGUGGCUAAGAUGACACUUGUGCAGUACAGGCCGAGGCUGUUUCUUUGUUUGGGUUAUGGUCUGAAAUGAAGGUCAAGGUAUAUGUAGUCGUUUGAGUUCAAGUUGGCGCAAAUUGGGAGGAAUUCAUGGUAAAAUCUUGCAGUUCUUGUACGCUUUGGAAUUUGGAUGAUCCUGUCAACUCACCCACAUAUCUAGUCCCUAAAUAUUUAUAUCAAUUUCCAUUACUGUACCCAUCUUUGUUGGUGUAAGAAAAUGAAAGGUGGGAUUUUUUUCAA